AUGUUCUCCCCACGCGCGCAUGUCGCCCCUCUCUCUUUCCGCCGCGCUAAUUUCUUCUUCCUCCCCCUCUCCCGACACCCUUCUGGCGCGAAUUUCCUCCCCCCAGGCGGCAGCAGCGGCAUCGGCACGGAGACGGCGCGGGUGCUGGCGCUGCGAGGCGCGUCCGUGGUGCUCGCGGUGCGGAACACGGAGGCGGGGGAGGCCGCCAAAGCCGCCAUCAUCAAGGACAUCGAGGGGCGGAGCGCAGCGGCGGCGGGGGUUCCGGCGGCAGUGCGCGAGCGCGUGAGCGUGAUGCCGCUGGAUUUGGCGUCGCUCAAGUCGGUGCGCACGUUCGUUCGUUCGUUUGGCUGCCCCACUGCCAUGCUGCCCCACUGCCAUGCCGCCCCACUGCCAUGCUGCUCCACUGCCAUGCUGCUCCACUGCCAUGCUGCUCCACUGCCAUGCUGCUCCAUUGCCAUGCUGCUCCACUGCCAUGCUGCUCCACUGCCAUGCUGCUCCACUGCCAUGCUGCUCCACUGCCAUGCUGCCCCACUACCAUGCUGCUCCACUGCCAUGCUGCUCCACUGCCAUGCUGCUCCACUGCCAUGCUGCCCCACUGCCAUGCUGCCCCAUUGCCAUGCUGCCCCGUGCCCCAUCACAACACACUUCCCUCCUUCCCUCGCUCCCUCCCUCCCUGCUUCCCUGCCUACCUACCCUUUAUGCUACAACAAUGCGGGCGUGAUGAUAUGCCCGUUCAUGCUCACUGCGGACGGCCAUGAGAACCAGUUCGGCACCAAUCACGUGGGUGAGUGCAGGGAGGCAACCACGUGGGCUGAUCGCACCACUCCUCCACUGCCUCCCUCUCCCCCUUUCUUCCGUCCCUCCGCCCCCCCUCCCCCUCUCUUCCCUUUCACCCUCUUCCCCCCUUCCCCUGCACACACCCCCCACCCAAUUGCAUCGCACGUCGUACCCCCUUUAGGCCACUUCCUGUUGACCAACCUGCUGCUGCCGAAGCUCAAGGAAACUGCCAAGCAGGAGGGCGCAGAGGCGCGCAUCGUGAUCGUGUCCUCCGCCGCGCACCAGUUCCCGUACCCGGGCGGCAUCCGCUUUGACGCCAUCAACGCCAAGGAGGGGUACGACUCGGUGAGGGCGUACGGGCAGUCCAAGCUCGCUAAUAUCCUGCACGCACGGGAGCUCGCACGGCGGCUCAAGGUGCAUGGCUGUAUGACUGUAAAUGCUCUGUACCCAUGGGUGAUCGAUCCUUCAACAAUGGAAAAACCCCCUGCUUCCCUCGCCAACACCCUCCAUCACCCUCCCUCCUCCCCUCUCUCCCCUUCCCUUCUCUCCCUUGAUCCAUGCGAGCAGGAGGAGGGUGCAGGAGUGACAGUGAACGCGUUGCACCCGGGGGGUGCGGCCACCUCAUGCUUCCUGGCGGCGCACCCCUCAGUGGCGGGUGCAAGUGGGGGCUACUACGCAGACGCGCGGGCAGCCGAGGGCAAGGCGACGGUUUUGAGCAAGGACAUGGAGCUGGCUGGGAAGCUGUGGGAGCUGAGUGAGCAGAUGGCGAACAAGGAGUAA